AUGGUGCAAACAGGCCGGUGUAACUGCGGCGCGAUUGGGUACGAGCUAGAUGAAGAUGUCAACCAAGCCACCAUCUGCUAUUGCAAGACGUGCCAGCGCUCCUCGUCUUCGCACUCACUCAACUUCCGCGUCGAGCUCGACAGCAUCCGUGUGACGCGCGGCGAGCCCAAAGCGUGGGACAGCAACGUCUCGGGCUCCGGCAUGCCCAUUCGUCGCGUCUUCUGCCGCGAGUGCGGCACAAAUCUAUGGAGCGAGCCGUCGAGCUUUGAGGGCAAGGCGUUUGUGAGGGUUGGGACCCUCGACAACCCCGGUAACGGGAGUGUGCGGCUCGUUGGUGAGGUGUUCUGUGACCAGGCAUUCCGUCCUUUCGAACCUUGUCCAAACCUCGGCCAGGUUCAGUUCUCGCAGGCUGCGGGCAGCGCGCCUUUCCGGCAGCCCGAGCGGCGCGCUACUGCUCUCCAGUAG